UGAUGGCAAUAAAGCGCCCAGCGGACCGCUUUUUCCAGCAGAUCUUUUUGGGAACAGAGAGAUGACAGCCGAAGGGUAGACGUGGAGACUUUCUAGCCUGGUUUUCUUUUAAGAUUUAUAUAUUCAUAAAACUUUCACAAGAACGUCUUUUCAAAACAGCAGCAUCUUUUCAUAUUGUCCGUAGGGGCUCGUGCCUCACUGGUUUGACAGCAAUGGUACUUAUUCUGGGCAGAAGACUGAACCGGGAGGACUCUGAAGUCCGUGAGUCACCAGCAGUCAAGCGAAAGGUUCUGGAUGUGGACAACAGGAUUCUUAGCAGUCACGAUGUGUUCGAUUUCUCCUCCGGCCCGUGCCACUCCGAGAGCGUCCUACAGAUGUUCAAUGAGUUCCGUGACGGGCGUGUAUUCACCGACGUGGUGAUCAGUGUGGAAGGUCGUGAGUUCCCAUGUCACCGCCCCGUGCUGUCCGCCUGCAGCAGCUACUUCCGCGCCAUGUUCUGCAACGACCACCGGGAGAGCCAUGAGAUGCUGGUUGAGAUCAACGGCAUCCGUGCCGAAGCCAUGGACACCUUCCUGCAGUACGUCUACACCGGACGUGCCCGCAUUACCACCGAGAACGUUCAGUUUCUCUUCGAGACCUCCAGCCUCUUCCAGAUCGGCACCUUGCGCGAUGCCUGCGCCAAGUUCUUGGAGGACCAGCUUGACCCUUGCAACUGCUUGGGCAUCCAGCGUUUCGCAGACGCGCACUCCCUCAAGCUGCUCGCCAGCCGUUGCCGCUCUUACGCGCUGCAGUGCUUCGCCGACGUGGCCCAGCAUGAGGAAUUCUUGGACUUGCGUAAGGAAGAAUUGGAAGAGUACAUCGCCAGUGAUGAGCUUGUGAUCGGAAAGGAGGAAAUGGUAUUUGAGGCCGUGAUACGUUGGGUAUACUUUGACAUGGACCACCGCCGAAUUAUGCUGAAGGACCUUCUCAACCAUGUCCGUCUGCCUCUGCUGCAUCCGAAUUAUUUUGUGCAGACGGUGGAAGGUGACCAGCUGAUCCAAAAUGCCCCAGAGUGCUAUCAGCUUCUCCACGAAGCCAGACGCUACCACGUGUUGGGGAAUGAGAUGAUGUCACCGAGGACUCGUCCACGCAGGUCUACUGGAUUUUCAGAAGUUAUCGUUGUGGUUGGGGGUUGCGAAAGAAUGGGGGGUUUCAACCUGCCCUACACCGAAUGUUAUGAUCCUGUGACCGGUGAAUGGAAAUCCUUAGCCAAACUACCAGAAUUCACCAAAUCAGAGUAUGCCGUGUGCGCGCUCAGGAAUGACAUUCUGGUCUCAGGGGGGAGAAUCAACAGCAGAGAUGUGUGGAUGUAUAACUCCCAGCUCAACAUGUGGAUCAGGGUGGCGUCGUUGAACAAAGGCCGAUGGAGACACAAAAUGGCUGUCUUGUUGGGAAAGGUGUAUGCUGUAGGUGGAUACGACGGUCAAUCUCGACUGAGCAGCGUUGAAUGCUACGACUCGUUCUCGAACCGCUGGACAGAAGUGGCACCCAUGAAGGAAGCCGUCAGCUCGCCAGCCGUCUCCAGCUGUGUCAAUAAGCUGUUUGUGAUUGGAGGAGGACCCGACGACAACACAUGCUCAGAUAAGGUCCAGUGUUAUGACCCUGAAGCUGAUGCCUGGUUGCUAAGGGCCAACAUUCCCAUCGCUAAGCGAUGCAUCACGGCUGUAUCUCUGAACAAUCUCAUCUAUGUUUCUGGAGGUCUGACCAAAUCCAUCUACUGCUAUGACCCCGUUGGAGACUACUGGAUGCACGUGGUGCACACCUUCAGCAAACAGGAAAGUUGCGGUAUGUCGGUAUGUAACGGUAAAAUCUAUAUCCUGGGUGGGCGAGGUGAAACCGGAGAGGCGUCGGACACUAUCCUCUGUUACGACCCGUCCACAGGCAUCAUCACAGGUGUUGCCGCCAUGCCCCGGCCCAUUUCUUACCACGGCUGCGUCACUAUCCACCGCUACAAUGAGAAGUUCUUCCAUACAUGACACUACAAAAACCAACACACUACAGGGACGUAAACAGGCCUGUAGAUAAGGUAGCGCAAUGAUAGAUAAGAUAAUACCUGUGUGUUUCAAAUUCUCUCAGUUCACAAGCUUUGAGUUAGUAGACCUGUCAGUUAAAUCACAAUAACCCAUUUAAUAGUCACGUUCAAGCAUUCACAUUUAGAUAUUAAAACAACAAUGGUCGGUUAAAGUAAAUGUUUUACAUUCGGUCACCAUGACAGAGAUAAGAGAUCGUUUUAACAGUAUCAGAUUUGAAUACACUCAAAAUAUCCAAAUGCCUCCAAACGGAUUGAACACAGACUGAUGUCUGAAGGGAAAUGACGUUUGGGUUCUCCAUCAGUUUUGACUCGAUUCUGAUCUCAUAGAUUCUGUGAUCUGGUUCACCGCUUCUCUCCUUGUCGGUUGCCUCCAGUUGUGUUUUCGUUUUUCGUUACAGUACUAUUGUAUUUUUAUUUUGUGUGGUGUCUGGGGUUGUUUUGGAGUGUGUGAAUGGUGUGUUUUUGUGGCAAGUAGACAGUGGUUGGUUCUGAUGUUGGACUUGUACAUAUAACAAAUGUGUGUGAGAACAUUCAGCACGCCUUGUGUGAGAGAGAUGGAGGAUCUUUUUGCAGGAACCACUUUAUGAUGUAAGGCCCAUUGAGAAUCUAAUUUUUCUAAAAAUGUUGUGUAAGGUAUGCAUGAAGGUAUUUGGGUGAUAUUAUAUUUCAUACAUCUUGGUUAUGAAAUUUCUUAAAUAAAUAUUAAAUUAGAUAAUCUAGAAGUAAUCUACAUGCAUUUUUCUUUUGAUUUCAUGAGAAUCCUGCGUUGAUUGAAUAUUGCAUGUUUGUAAGUUAAUCAUUUUCGUGAUGGACUUUUUCGAGCUAUUUAUUCAUGGUAAAAGUCGGAAAGCCCCAACCGAGCACUUAACGUUUCUUGUCUAUAUGUAUAAAUAUCUGUGUCCAGAAUGUAAAUAUACGUUAAAGUCGUCUUCAGGUUUACUGUAUCAGUAAGUUUUGGCCAAACGGCCACUUCACAUUCUCGCCUUCCUCGAGAAAACCUUGUAUUUUCUCUGGCUUACAAUAACUUCACAUAAGAUAUGUGUGUGGGGAGCAGGGUACAAAACAUGACAUAACAGCAAAAGAUUGUGGGUUUGUGUGGGUCAUGUACACCUGGGUUUCCAAAACCAGUGACGUAAUAUUGCCUGCAUUUGGUUAGCAUAAUUUGUCAGCAGCAGAACACAAUCGGGCACACUGUUUUCUUCACAUACUCUGAGAAUUAUUACAGGGUGAACAAAGGGCCAAAGCAAAGCCCCGCAUACACAGACGCUACAACUCAACUUUUAUUCUUAUGCCUUUUAUUCUUUACAUUUUUGAGAUCGAGUCUGAUCAAUCUUAUAAGAGAAUUUUCAGUCGCUAAAAGCCAUAGAAUGAGUGCUUUUUGUUUGUAAACCUGUCCUUGUAGGGUAUUAAAUUACAUGUGCAUGCCAAAAAAACGAUUUAACUCGUACGUCAAACAAUGUCUGUUGUUAAGGAUGUGCUUAAGCGCUUUAUAGUGGUGACAGUUUUGGCAGAGGGAUGUGCUAAAUAUUACUCAAGUGCAUUUUAAGAAAAUACGUAUUUGUGCCUUGUGGCAGAAUAAUAGACUCUUGCAAACUAGCCAAAGAUGUUUGAUGUUUGGAUCUGUCUGUUAAUUCCUGCACAAUGUUGUAAGAGUUUAUAUUGUGUCAUCGUUUUUUAUGUAUCAAGCUUCUGAGUAAUAGCCUAAUGCAAUGUACGUGCCCGUUUUCCUCAAUAAAGCAUAUUUUUUAGUACGGACUUGCAAA